UGACCCAUUAACACUUAGAAAAUAUAUAUAUCGUCAAUAUUCAAUUCAUACUAAACCGUGUUUAUUGUGGAAUUACCUAAUGCAGACUUUUACUUUAUUUUAAUUAUAAGUCGUCAAUAAACUGGUAUUCUGGUGUGUAUUUUUAAAGUUAAUAUAUAUAUUACUCGUGAGUAUGAUGAUGCCUAAAGACGUUGCUAUUACCAUAUGGAUUCUGAGUUUCCUAGUAUCAGGCAAAGGUGAUUUAAGAGAUUUGCCAGGCUUCAAAAUGUUUGAAAGUUGUAUAGAACCACCAUCAAAGUGUCCAAACCCAAAUAUAACUUUCCACUUAUAUACAAGGUACACGGACGACUAUAUUCUAGACUUCGCGAAGCAAGAGACCUUGUUGGAAGCUCCUUUUGUGCCGCACGCACCCAUCAAGCUGCUCAUACACGGUUACACGGGUCACAAAGACUAUUCGCCAAACACCGAACUCAGACCAGCUUACCUUGAAUACCAAAACCUGAACGUGAUAUCUGUGGACUACAAGGAGCUGGUGCAACCGCCGUGUUAUGUGCAAGCAGUGCACAACGUUCCGCUGGUGGGCAAAUGCACAAAGAUGUUACUGUUGAGACUGUUCAGACUGCGGCCGGACCUGUAUCUGCGUGACUUGCACGUGGUCGGAUUUAGCUUGGGCGCUCAAGUGGCCGGCCACGUUGGGCGGUUGAUGAACAGCACUAUACAGCGGAUCACGGGUCUAGACCCAGCGUCCCCGCUGUUCGACACUUUCUUGCUCAGCAACGAAGUGUUAGAUAAAUCAGACGCGCUGUACGUAGACGUAGUGCACACCAACAUAGGCUUCAAAGGAAAAAUGGCGCCGCUAGGUCACGUGGACUUUUACGCCAACAACGGCAUCGCACAACCUGGCUGCGGCACAAAUACGUCGUGCAGCCACGUGCGAGCUGUUGAAUAUUUCGCCGAAUCAAUAAGUAGCAAAACUCAAUUUUUGGCCGUCAAGUGUAUAAGCUACAUAAUGUACAAAUUGAAAUUUUGCAAAACAUCUGAAACGUCACCAUUAAUAGUAAUGGGCGAACAUGUGAACAGAACCCAAAAAGGAAUUUACUAUUUUAUGACUAACAGUAAACCACCAUAUGCACAAGGAAUGGAUACAUAUGAAAAGAAAAAAACAACAAUCACACCAUCGACGACAGACUCAUCGCAAAUCGACCAAAAUGACAUACCUUUGACUGACCCAUAAAUAAACAAGUUGUCUACUAACCAACAACAAUAUUAUGUCAAGUAUUCCAAAUCCAAAAACAUCAAUAUAUUUUAAUAUUGUUAAGUGUAAAUUGUAAUACUGUCUAUAAAAUAUAUUUCAAUUGCUAAUGUUAUAAGACAUAGGAGUUAUAAGAUAACAUCUAAAUGGUGUAUAAUUUAAUUUCUAUCUAAUAAGUUUUGUAAUUUUACAGUAUCAAAUUAUAAAAUCAGUAAUUGUCCGUUGUUACAUUACCAAUAAAAUGUUAAAUAUUUGAAAA